AUGCAAUGCCCAUGCGGAUAUAGAUACGUCAUAAAGAGACAGGGAUGCGGGACGGUUUCCAUGACAACUCAGCAUCCAUUGCGGUUUGAGAAUCCCUGCUUCGUCCGGUCCAAAACGAGGUUGUUCCAGCUGAAGAUCUUCAAGAAGAUGGACGAGAAGAUCUUGAAGAGUGCUUACACCGUCAACAAAGAUACCUUUAUGGGCACCGAACGGGGGAUGAUGCAGAGACCAGGGAAACGGAAGUCACCCAUCGAAUAUUGGGCUAUCAUGCUAGCCGCAGAUACUAUCCUCUUCCAGGAGUCCAAAUCCGUGUCACGUGAUCUGUUUGUUAAGAAGAUGGCAUCAGAAGAUUUGGCCACCUGGUACGCAUUCAUCAAGUCACAUUUCUUCAGCGAGAGUUGGACGGUAUUUCCAUUGAAAGGCAUCGUGGCGCCAGAGUUUAGAAUGGCUCUUCACUUGACGCACCAUGCUAUGUGCUUGGCCACUCUUAGCCCGCCAAAAUGCUGCAUCGCCUGGGAUCUAAAAAGAAUCACACAGACUAGUAUACAGGAAGAAACCCUCGGAUUUCACAUCGACAGCACCGGGAGCGAUGCAGGUUACUGCGAGCUGAAGACAGAAUCUAAGAAGACCGCAGGAGAGAUCUAUCGUAUCCUCUCUCGUCACCAUAGCAAGGGAUCCAUCAGAGGCGCCCUCCCUAAACUACCCCCUAUAGAACCAAUAGCUGCACCCCCUCUUCUGUUCAUGAGGCCUGACCUUAAACCUGGCGGAGUUCCCGGACCUGAGCGUUACACGGCCUCUCCGUCUCGCCUGAGAGGAAGACCCCCUCAGCCACCAAAACCACACCCGGGUACUCCGCCAGACUUUCUGACUGAAGACGGCCAUUUUGAUUCUCUCAUGGAUGACAACGACCUCGAUGAAUGUGAUGUUGAAGGGCUGAUUGAGGAAACGCACGUCGAUAUGGUCUCGCUGAUGUCGACCGGGCGGGAUGACAUAGCCGCUUACGUUAACACGUGAAUGCCAGCAAGAAAAAGGAGUGUCGAAUUUGAGUCGUUGGACGAGGACUUGUAAUGUAGGCCUAUAUUUUCUUCGUCCAGAAAAGGAGUAUGAUUUAAUCGUAAACCUUAAUCGGAAUAUUAAUUUAUUUCCCUAUACAUGUACUUUAACAAAUCCUGUAUCAUUUCAAUAUCAAUUUUUCCAAGAAAUAAAGAACGUGAGAGAUGGAAGUGUUUUGGGGCGUCGCUAAGCCAAUUUGAUUGGGGGACUGUCAGACCUAUAUAUUUGCCGACACUGAUGAUGAUACUUUAAGAUAAGCCGACAAAAUUAUGAUGCUUGCUCUUAUUCCCACUGACCCCAGACACAAACUCUCCCGGCCGUACACAUGGGAUUUCAAUGUAACAUAGGCCUGCUA